CCACCUCGUGGGUAUGUGUCAGCCCCGCCAAAACACGCAUGCGAACAAGUUGUAUUUUGUGACAGUUAGAUCCCUAUUUUCGGCUAAAUCUGCAGCAAUGAAAGUCACACAGACACGAGCCAUGCAGAGGAGAUCGAGUAAUAGACUACUAGAGACGGUUAUGAAAACUACUUACACAGCUGGCAAUGAGCUGCAUGAUAUCAAGCUCCAUGCUGAUGCUGUGGUUAGAUUAGAUCGCAGGGGCAUUCGUACUAAAAUGCAUCCUGGAUUAGAGAAUGAUGAGAAGGCAAGCAAGAAGGAAGAAUGCCUCCCUGAUAUGUUAAAUCAUAGAAACAUAUUUGAGAUUAUUACAGACAUGUCAUCGUGCAAGGACACAAAAGUUGGUGCACACGUAAAUUGCUCUGUUAAUGGUAGUUCUGUAAGUGAACACGGUUCAUGCAUUGAUGACUGUGCGAUUUGUUUGAGUGCUGGCACGAGAGUUGAAGAACCAUCAGCUGUAUGUAGUCCAUCCAGUGCUCAAAUACGAAGAUAUGAAGGCGGUAUUCCAUGGGACAUCACAAACUAUCUCCAGUCACGUGUCGUGGGUAAAGGUAGUUGCACUGAGAUCGAACAGGAAGUAUUUGACAAACUUGGUGUUCAACCACCUGCAGUCUCAACAGAAACUGCUACUCCUGUAACCCAAGCAGUGUCAUUAACCUCACCUAAGGAUCUAGGUCAGCGAGAUGUAGAAGAUGGAGAACCCCCAUCCCUAUCUCCUGUUCCUCUUCUUCCAAAACCCUUCUCUAAAGCGGUUUGCUCUGAGGACGACACUAAGGCUGAUACGUUGAUUGGCAUUCUGCCAACGGGUAAUGCUACUGAGGAGAACAAGACAGAUGAGACGGUGAAUGACUUGAAGUUAAUCGAAAAGAUGUGCUUGGACAUAUGCGGUGAAUCCGACAGUGCAGGACAGAUCGAGUCUGGUCGGCAUGAUGCAAACGUAGCCAACAACGACAAUGAGACCCCUUGCCUCGAUGGUCCAUUUCCAAUCGAGACCAAAAGCAAACCCAAAAGACGCAGUACCGCGAAAGUUAGAAAGCUCACUGAACUUGUACUACGCAAUAGGUUUUCCGGCGUGAAAACCGGGUACGGCUCGGGUAGUUCGGGUCUUGAUGCGAUGGCGGUGGGUAGAAUACCUUGUAAAUAUCCUAACCUCGUUAGUAGCCCUCUGCGAUCGUAUUUAGAAAUGAGAACUUCGUUGUAUCUUGGUUCGAACGAGCUGCAGAACGUAACGGCGAUGACGCAAAGAACGGCGGGAGCGGACGGCGACAUUGUGCGGCUGUUGGACGAGCUGCGUGCAAUCGAGAAACAGGUGGAAGCGUCUGCGAUCAGGUCAUCUGAGUGCGGGUCACAGGUGAGGCCGGACGUCGUCACUAGACCCGACAUCGACGUCAUCGACGGCCUGACUUUCCUCUCGUUCAAAUCCGAGGAUUUGAUGAAGGUCUACCUUGGGAAGCGCUCGCCGCGCAAGCGAGCUCACAGGCGACCGAAGCACAAGUGCCUCAUGCUUGCGAGCGCACGACGGGUGCGGCGCAUAGAGGACCAGACGAGAAAAUAUCGGAGGCUGCUGUACGGAAAGGACAAUGCAGGCGCGGUCGCAACUGGAGGCGUUGGUUGCAAAGUCAUAUCGCCGACGAAAACGAGUGAUAUCACUAAAAUCAAGGGUUGGAAGCGCAAGACGUUUGACAGUAGUGCUAUUAUAGAUGAACCCUCCCCGACGCCUCCACGUCCUGCAGGUCCACUGAGCCCCGUAUGCAUCGUUAAGCUGAAGAAAUUAAAAAGCGACGAUGAUAUUAUCGACCGUAGCACGGAAGAACCAUCCCAGGAGGAAGUGAGGAUGGAAGAGUGUAGCAAAAGACUGCUUGACAAGCUGGGUGAAACACAGAGCACUAACGAAGGACUGACGUUAAAAUCACCAAAGAUUGAUCAAGGCAAUGCCGUUUCCGAUCAACAGAAACCCAACAUAGAUGGUUCCCAUACGUUUGGUUCUGUAUUUGAAAGUCCUCUAUUGGAAGCCUAUUUGCAGAAAGAGACACAAAAGAGCACCCCAGGUACGUCAAGAAUACACGGUACCCGCAGUAAAACGAAGAUGUCGGAUACAUUAGACAGUCUCUUCAGGAAACUUGAAUGUGAGAAUGAUGAAAAUUCGCCUGAAGAAGUUAAAAAGACAGAGAGUGUGCAGAGUGCACAAGAAACAGCACAGGAAAGUAAGAGUGCUCUUCCUCCUGUGCCAGCUACUAGAAGAGGUGUAGCUUUUCUACAGAAGUUGAGGCAGUCAUACAGCAUAGGAAGUGCCACAGCGCAAAGACCUGGUGAGGGACCUUUGUGGGUAGGAGACACGAGCGUUGAUGCAGGAAAACCUCCUGUUGAAUGUAAAAAGAAAGAAAGGAAACCGAAAACUAAGAAAGAGCUUAUGGACAUUAUUAGAAAGGAGGAAUUGUUGAGUGAAGAACAGGGUAAAAAGACGAACGCAAAGCAAAAUCGGCCAUGUCGUGACAAUCCAACACCAACAUUUUCUACGCGAAAGUUACUGAAACCAAAGUUGCAGUUGAAAUUUCCAACGGUGUCAAUGAAAGAUGCAGUGUCCGCUCUGCGCACACUACAAGUGCCGGGAUACCAGUACGACGAGGACUCUAAUCCGCAGCCAGAACUUGACGUGUACCACGAUCCCGAUCACACGUCCGAACCGGUCGGCAUAUCGCAGUGUGGAACCGGGUACAUGAACCCUCACUGCGAGUUUGGAUGCAUCUGCGACAGUUUGAUUCAGGCUGGAAGGAGGAGGACGCGCUCCCACUGCGGGAAAGUAGAGUGCAUGUUCGAGUGUGUUUGCGCGAGAGGAGAUAUAUUCGAGGACGUCGAGAAAAGACGUUUGCUGGACGAUUCUGCUGGAGCCGACCCUGAUCCGCAACUCCCCCGCGUGGGCCGGAGAAAAAUUCGAUUGCCAGAUCGUUUGAAAAACAACGUGAUGGCUUACAUCGGUAAACGGGUUAUCAACGAGCGAUUCCUCGAAAAAAUAUCGGCAGAGAUCAAUUACAAUGAGCCAUUGCAACACCUGGCAAGGUCCAAGACUCGACCACCUAAACCUAGUGCUGAAAACCCGACUGAAUCGGCACUAUGCAGUGCUUCUGUGAACAGGGUCUCCAUUGCAGCUAAACCUGUAGUAGUGAGUCAAUCUGCUAGUACGCAAGCUAGACCAGUAAUGAUAUACUCUGCGAGUAAGCCGUCUAGACCAGCGACAAGUUCUUCUGCUGGUAAGGCAUCUAGACCGCUGGCAAGCUGUUUUGCUGGAAAGCCAUCUACUAGACCAGCAGUGGCCUCUUCUGCCGUUAAGCCAUUGAAAAGCGAUUUUCAGACACCUGAAAAGUGCCUCGUCACAACUCGAGAUAAUGACUGUGGACUGCCUGACGAUAGUUGCUCAAGAACCAGUUGCUACGAUUUGGUGAAUAAAGUGUUCGCAAGUGAAAUAAAACCUAGUGAUGAAUUAAUAAUUGUUGACGAUAAUGUCUCUUCUGAAUACACAAUAAGCCACUGUCUCGAAACCACCAAAAAGAAGAGUGAAGAGAGAUUGCCUGGCAGUGAUGAUCUCUCCAAUGCUAUCAAAUCUGAUGCAGCUCGAAAACACACUACCGAGUGUCAUUCGUUUAAUGAGUGUAGCAGAGAAGUAGAGAAGUCUGACCUUCAUCUUGAAGCAAUGGCAAUUGCAGAUGCUAUUGUCAGGCAUUUUGAUUGCCUUCGUGAUUACAUACAGCUGCUGCAGGAUAGUAUCCAAGAACACCUUCUAAAGCGUACGGAGAGUGAUGGAUCAAAGAUGAACAUUAAACUUCUAUUAACAGACUUCUCGCAAAAGCUACGAGAGCUACCACAUUCACAGGUCCCCGAGGUGCAGCUUUCACAGCGGCAGCUUGCAUCUGCCACUAGUCCAUUCAAUAGACUCGGUGCGUGUGCUAGUAAUGUUCUAGUUUCUGCUGUUCGGGACGUUGUUAGGACUGGAGAUUACGACAUUGAACUGUUCGCUGAAUUAAAUUCAAACGCGAUACACGAGGAUUUCUCGCGAGAUGCUGCACAAGUUAAGCACCGGGGAGUGUUUCAGCAGAGCGCUCAAGCUGAAAGUAAGGCAGACCAGUCUCCGAGAUGCCGGCCCAAGAGGCCUCGUUCUUCUAGUUCACUCAAAUCAAAGAAUACAAAAGAUGGAGAAUGCGACUCGAGUGUGACCGCUAGCAGUACAGCCAAACGUUCACAUCCGUUGAUCAUCAGGCCAGGUGCAGAAACGAGAAAGGACUUGACUCCGAUGGAUAUGUCCUCUCAGAAUUUAAUAGCACCAGUGAAAGAUCAGCCAUUGACUGCAUCAUCGAUGCUGUUUGGUCCUGGAGGCGCAGCGUCUGGAGGAAGACUACCACCCCCGAUAAAACUGGGACAGAAACCACAGCUGCAGUUCAUUGCCAGCAACGAUUCUACGCCUGCGCAGGAUACAACGGAAAUGGCUUCCGCUACCAAGUCAUCAGAAAAUGGCAACGUCCCUCUGGUUCCUGCUGGGAAAGGAACGGCAGUGCCCCCCUCUAGGAUUAUGUCGAGGGUGUCGCCUGCUAUCUCACCAAUGCAACAGGUUGUGGGGACCUCACCAAAGACGGAUCACGAAGAACCGGAACAGUUGUGGCCCCUAGUAAUACCGCACACCCUACCUUCGUCCCAGGGGCCUGUGGCAUCGUCUCGUAACCCACGACAAAAGUCACCGCUUUUCAUCUAUGCCGGAAACUCGGCAAACAUGCCCCCGUUUCUGAUUCCGUUUGGGGCAGUAAAUAGGCCGCCUUUUCCGAAUCGUUGUGCACCACCACCGAUGGUCAUGCGUCCAUGCCCACCACUCAGGUACGUCGGGCCGUGGCGGGACGUGAUGGUUGCACCGGGCAGUAAGCACAAUACGAGAUAUUGUCUGCCACCAAAGUUGAUGUCCUGUAGGCCAAGCAUACCUCGAGUCAAUUCUGCAUCACUGCUGCACACUGGCCAAACGGUAGCACCCAAUUGUAGUUUGCAGGAGAAGGCCAGAACGUUGGCUCGUCCAAAGUCGCUAAGCUCUCAAUCGCAGUGGAAAGCUUUCCAGAUGGUCGCGUCCACGAGAGACAUCGCGGCCAGCAGCGUUAGGAAACCUUCGGAAGCGUGGAGAAUUUCCUCCGUGGGCGAGCGACCCACCCUCUUGCACAUCGCCGAGGUGCUGGACGCAGCCGGCGAGAGCUACGUAGACUCCUCGAAAGCGACUCGAGACACAACGAAAGAAAUCCGAUCCGGCGAACGAGAAAUCGGCGAGUUGACGCUGGCGUCAAGUUGUGGACGAAAAACCGCUGACGACCCCGCAUCGUCUUCGGACGUUUGCGUCGCGGAGACUAAGAAGCAAGUGCCGGCAGUUGCCACCGAAGAUGUUCAAAUAAACGAGGUUGAGAAUAACUGCAGUUCGUUCUCGGAAAAUAACAGCAACGCUAGCGACGUUGCCAACGACAGCGCCUUCUCGAAGUGUCUGGCUGCCGUGAGAGAAUUCUGCGACAACAUCGACGACUUGGACGACUCGUGCGACAUAGAAUCUACGUUAGAAACUAUCGCCGAGCAGCUGAUAUCUACGAAUGCUGAAGCAAACGAGGAGAAACAAGCAAACUCUGGCGUCCGCGAAGGCGACGGCAACUCGACGGUCGAAGCAAAAACCGUCGUUUGCGUGGAAGUUGUCGGCGAUUCGAGCGUCGACGGCGAAGCAGCGGCGGAGGCGGAGGAGGCAGAGGCGGGCAAUGCCGGACAGCCGCACGGAGACGUGAGCCUCGUCCUGCAGUCGCUGCUCGACCGCGUCGUUGCCAUGGAAACGGAGGCUGCGCCGCGCGGCGUACCCGCGUCGCUGCUCAACUUUCUCGCGCUUAUCGACGAAUUCACGGUCGACGUCGCGAGGGUCCCUCCGCCGCCCGUUGUCGCCGACGGACCGUCCAACGUUGCCGUGGAAACGUCAGAUGCUGCCGUGGGAACACACGCCGAUGCUGCCGUGGGAACACACGCCGACGCUGCCGUGGGAACGUUCGACGCCGCCGCCGGUACGCCCGUUGCCACCGACGACGAUGACGACGGGGCUUCGCAGGCGUCAAGCGUCGUCGUGUCACAGACAAGUUCGAUCGGCACAUCGCGAAGUCGGGCAUCGGAUUCGCCGAGCGUGACGGAUGGCGGCGACGUCUUGGUCAACGUUGAGACGAACGGCGCGUGCGACGAUCGCUUCUCAUUGAUCGACGUGGAGACAAUCGACGCGUGCGGCGGUGGCGGCAGUGGCGGCUUUGCAAUCGACGUGGAUGGCAUGCGGGUGGUGACAGGAGUGACGGAUCACGCGGGCGGGAGGCCAUCGUCGCACGACUACGAGUGGUGGAACUUCGGAACCGGGCCGAGGAACACGACGCCGCCGCGCGGCCCAUUCGGUCGGACCUGCCAUAGGGCGAGGGAACAGGUCCGACGUUUGGAAUUGGGAAAAUGCUUUCUAUGUCUACAAGAAAAGUUACCGGAGCAUACCAGUGCAACAAAAGUAUCAAAGAGAGAAACUCUGAGAGGGGCUGUUACCUACAUUAAAAGACUGGAAUUUGAAGAUCAAUGCCUUGUUAGAAAGAAGAACAAUCUACAAAACUGCCAGAACCAGCUAAAAAGGUUACUAGAACGUCUCUGGAAAGUCAAAACGGGUAAGUACACUCAGGCGAAGAUCACGACGAUAGAUCUCUCACGGGGCUGCGUCUACUGGAAGAUCAGCAAGGAUCCGAAGGAUGGCAAGAUGGCGUCGCAAAGCGUAUCGCCGACGAGUCGGCACGCCGCAGCGGGAAUCGACCACCAGGGCGGCGCCGGUGCGACGGCGAGUCCCUCGCUGGAGCCGGCCAAGGCGGCGUUCAAGCUGCUGUCCGUGGCUGCCGGCGGCGAUGACGAUGGCUUUACUGUCGCCGCAGACGACGUUGCCGCAUCCGACGUUGCCGCAUCCGACUUUGCUGUCGCCGCGGGCGACGCUGCCGCAUCCGACUUUGCCAUCGCCGCGGGCGACGUUGCAGCAUCCGACUUUGCCGUCGCCACGGUCGACGUUGCCGAAUCCGACUUUGCUGCUGCCUCAUCCGACUUCGCCGUUGCCGCGGGCGAAGUUGCCACAUCCGACUUCGCGGCCGCCUUGGGUGACGUUGCCGCAUCCGACUUCGUCGUCGCCGCGGGCGACGCUACCGCAUCCGACUUCGCCGUUGCCGCAUCCGACUUCGCCGUUGCCGCAUCCGACUUCACCGUUGCCGCAUCCGACUUCACCGUCGCCGCGGGCGACGCUGCCGCAUCCGACUUCGCCGUCGCCCCCAACGUUGCCGCAUCCGACUUUGCCGUCGCUGCGGGCGACGUUGCCGCAUCCGACUUUGCCGUUGCCGUGGGCGACACUGCCGCAUCCGACUUCACCGUCGCCGCGGGCGACGCUGCCGCAUCCGACUUCGCCGUCGCCCCCAACGUUGCCGCAUCCGACUUUGCCGUCGCUGCGGGCGACGUUGCCGUGGGCGACACUGCCGCAUCCGACUUUGCCGUCGCCGCAGGCGAAGAUGCUGCAUCCGACUUUGCCGUUGCCGCAUCUGACUUUGCCGCAUCCGACUUUGCUAUCGUCGGGGGCGACGGCGAAGACGACGACGACGACGCGGUCUCGGUGCUGCGAGUCGUCAGCGUGUGCAGUCUGUCGCAGAGUCCCGCGAUGCCCAUGCUCAUCGGGGAGUAGCGGCGAGCGACGGCGCAAGCCCGCGAGGCUCAGGUCGCGACGGGGUCGUGACGGUGAUCCCGCGAGGCUCAGGUCGCGACAGGGUCG